AUGCCCAGGGGUCAGAAGAGUAAGGCCCGUGCUCGUGAAAAACGUCGUCAAGUCCAGGAAGCGGCCCAGGGGCUCAAGGAUGCUCAAGCCAAUGCUUCAGAGAAAGGAGAGUCAUCUGCCUGCUCUGAUCAGGCAUCAGGAGAUGCUAGGCCAAGCGCUUCUACAGCCGGCUUCCCACAGCACUCUCAAAGCUCAGCACCAAGCAACACUGGCAGCAAAGUCAUGACCCACAGAAGGUCGGGUAAAGGAGACCAGAUCCAAGAGGAUGAAAAUAAGAGUUUUUCCAGGGCCCCACUUGCCACUGGAAGCCCACAGAUGGAUCUUCUGACAAGGAAGACAGGAAUGUUGAUGGAGUACAUGCUCUGCAAGUACAAAGUGAAGCAGCACAUGAGGAAGGGAGAAAUGCUCAAAGUUAUCAACAGAAGGUUCAAGGAACACUUCCCUGAGAUCCUCAAGAAAGCCUCCUAUCGCUUGGAUAUGGUUUUUGGUCUUGAGUUGAAAGAAAUCCAGCCCCAUGGCCAAUGCUAUGAGCUUGUCAGUAAGCUAGAUUUCCAGGAUGAUGGAAGUGGGAGCAGUGAGCUGGGUAUUCCUAAUAGGGGCAUUCUGAUCCCUCUCUUAAGUGUGAUCUAUUUAAAUGGUUACUGUGCCCCAGAAGACAAGGUCUGGCACUUCCUGAAUAUGUUAGGAGUCUAUGAUGGGAUCUCGCACCUCAUCUUUGGGGAUAUCAGGAAGCUCAUCACUGAAGAUCUAGUGCAAGAAGGAUACCUAGAGUACUCUCAGGUUCCUAACAGUGAUCCUCCAUGCUAUGAGUUCCAUUGGGGCCCAAGAGCCUAUGCUGAAGCCAGCCAUGUAAAAGUGAUGGACUUUUUAGCGAAGGUCAAUGAAACUAUGCCUGGUGUUUAUUCAUCGCCUUAUGAGCAGGCUUUGAUUGAAGAGGAAGAGAAAGCCCAAGCUGAAGCUGCAGCCAAGGCUAGCACUAAGGGCAAAGCCAAGGGACACUCAAAGGCCAAGUCGGGCAAGUCUACUGGCUAG